GAGCUGUGGCAGUUCGCUUCAGUCAAUGAAAAUAUCCAGUUCACUAGCUGGGAAUUUUAACACCUCCUGUGACGUCGGCAGCGUCGCCCAAUGGCAUGUUGGGUAUCUUAUUGAUUACUUGGAAAAAUGGCAGGACUGUGAAAACAUAUGGACUGAACCGCCUGGAAAACUACAAUAUGAAAUUCACCUUCAUAUGUAUUGUCAUCGUUUUAUCAUGUAGUGUUUGUGCUUCCGGCGAUCUGGAAAUUUAUCCGGGUUUCAAAUAUGACUUGUCUUCUGAAGAACAACGACCGCGCUUGGAACCGGACGAUGAAGGUGUGUUUUACGGCGAAAACUACCGCCGAUGGCCUUGGCAAGAGGCCGACGAUUGGAGCAGAAAGAAACAAGAGUUUGAUUUAGCGCUUCCAGAACUUCGAAACUUAGAAAAAAUGCUAGAUAGGAACCAAAACGACGAACUCCCGGCGUAUUACAACCCACGGCAGAGUUUUGACAACGCCUACGACGACUACAAACCCAUAGAAAAGGCGCACAAGUUCGAUCGAUUCAACUUUAGAUAUCCAAACAGUCAGAUUUUGGACGAUGUUAGGCCCUACCCUCAUGAAGACGACUUUACUUUUGGAGAUGAGGAGGUCAAGGAGGAGAGGGAUUUAAGGCCCAGGGAGCCUCAGGAGAGGCACCAGCAGGAGGUUAAGCCCAUGGGUGGGAACCAUCACCAUCACAUGGUGGUGAGCGCUGGUGAGAGGAAUAAUGAAGAGGCGUCAGGAGAGAGGGCGUUGGAGGAGGCCCCCAUGGUGGAAGACCCAAGUCAAUUUGCAUAUCUUCCUACUGAUUCCAGAUUUUUUCUGAACACUGAAAGUGAUAACGGUGAUCAAAACGUCAAAUCGAAACUAGAGAAAAUCAAAGACAAUAAAAUACGUUUGAAUCACAGAAGUGAUGAAGCAUUUGUGGAUGAAAUGGAUCCGUUCGGAAAUGUAGAAAAUCGUGAGAAAAACGAUCAAGUGAAAGUUGUCGCUGUUAAGCCUCAAGUAACUACCAGAGAAGCUACAGGAGUUUACAUUAUUGGUGUUGUUGCUGGGAUUAGUGCUGCAGCGACAGUUGGACUCAUUGCUGUUGGUCUUGGAUGGUACAAUUUACAGAAACAUGUGAAGAACGCGUCAGAUGUGGAAUACCCAGCUUACGGAGUCACAGGACCUAAUAAGGAUGCAUCACCAUCAGGCGACAGACGACUGGCUCAGUCUGCACAAAUGUAUCACUACCAACAUCAGAAGCAGCAAAUAAUCGCAAUGGAGAGCAGAGCCGCUGCAGGUGAAAGACACGGUUCAGUUUCGGAGGCAGACAGCGACGAAGAAAAUGAAGAAGGAGAUUACACCGUAUACGAAUGUCCUGGCUUAGCUCCCACCGGGGAAAUGGAAGUGAAAAACCCGCUUUUCCAAGACGACCCAACACCGGCGCAAACACCACCCGUUAAGCCAACCGAAGAGGAAAAGAAAUAAAUCGACCACAAACACUAUUCAAUAGUUUUUAAGUCAUCCAACUUCCUCCAAUGGAUCGGUGUUUACGUCUCUAGACACUAAACAGCAAUUCAUUGCAAAAGUUAGCAACUGGAACUUGGGACGAGUUUCCCAAUUUUCUCUAGUCACUCGUGUGAGGACUUAAAAUUAUUGAAUAAGACCAGUUGUUCUUUCAGUUUUUUUUCCGAUUGAUUUGCUUACUUUUCUCUUAUGUACACAUGUAAUCAAAAUAAAUUAUUUUCUAGCAACCACAAAGGCGUUUUCUUUACUCGUUCGUUGAAUAAUUAUUUUGAUAACACGUGUACGUUUCGAUUGAGUUUGCUGUUCCUUCAAGACUGAGGCGAAACACCUAAAAUAGGACAUAGGCUAAAUGACAUAUAUUUUUGCAAAGAUUUGUUCAUCGAUUUUUGAUGAUGCUUCGUCAGCCACGUUCACUAUCCCAGCCACUUUUCUAAUGAAUGGAUGUAAAGAGAGUGAAGAGGACUGUACGUUUUGUAUCAUUCAUUCUGUCUCAGUUUUUUUUUAUACAGGCUGUUUCGUCUAAACCCCACAUUAGAAGUAUUGGGAGUUGUAAUAAUGGGCUAAAAAUUUGUAAAAAAACAUAAUCCGUGAGGUCCUGAUCAAUGAAAACAUUUUCAACAUGGCGGCACUUUCUGUUAUACCAACUUUGUUAUUUAAAAAAAAAAUUUUUUUACUGCAUUUUUGAAUUACACGAGUUAUUUUAAGGGAGUUUUUAUCAGAUUUCCCUAUAUCUGAAUUUAGUUAUUUUUAAAAUACAUAUUUUGGGAUUUUCGAAAAUUUUUAGAUUUGCAUCUUUUGACUUCAAAGAUCGAUAACCCUGCCGUUUUUAAUGAUUUUGAAAAUUUCUUUGAAUCACGUGAAAGAGAAGGUUUAGAUAGUUUUUUUUGUUUUAUUUUUUCAAAGUUCUAAAGAAAAUUAGCAAAUCCCAAAUUUUUAGAAUUAAAGGCCGAUUUAUGGAAAGCUUUGUUGGAAUUUAAUUCGUUGCUAAAGGGUAGCAACGCGGUUGGACCAACUAAAUUUGUUCAGUUUGGUCACGUAAUCCGUCAAUCACAUACAGGGUGACCCAUUAGGGGUAUGUAAUCGGUCUAUAACUUUUUUGGUAAUUAAAAUACUGCUAUGUUGUUUUUAUUUUCCGAUAGAUGUACUUAAAUUCUACAAACUAAAAAUUUGUUUAUUUUACACAGGGUGUAUACAGAGUGGUGAACCAAAGUUAUAAGUUUUUAAAUGGAACAUCCUAUAUAUUUUUGCAUAAUUGAGUUCUACGCAAAAAAAUUAUGUAACUUUCUAUAAACUAUUAUGGUUCUCUCUUUUUUUUCGUUUUGGAAUUAUUCAACUUUUUGUUAUAAAAAAGGCCAAUUUUUGAAAAUCCCUGCGAAGUCGCCUAUGAACAUUUUCCGGCAAAUUUGCAACAGAAAAAUUCAGAAUACUUUGUAGUUUAAGCAAAUAGACGACUUUUAGUUAAAGCACGCAGACACUAUACAGAGUGUGCCAAAACCCAAAAAGUUGAAUAAUUAAUUUUUUUCAAAUAGAACACUCUGUAUUUUUUUCAUCUAUCGAUAGCGGCUUUGAUAAGCUUUCUAACGGUAUAGGGUUUGAAUAGCAAAUUUAAAACUUUUAAAAUUUUUCGAGAUUUUUUAAAAAUGUAUUUUAUUACAAGAAAAACUGUCGUCUUAGAAUCUGAUAAGUCAAAUGGUAAUUUAUUUUUCGAUAUGUACUAAUGUGACUAAUUACAUUAGUAAUCUAAUUAUUUCUUGAUACAUAAAUGAAUUUUUCUUAUUAAGAACUAAUAAUAAAAUAAAUAAAAAAAGAAAACAAUUUUUUUAACAUUUUAAGAAACAUUUCAAAUUUGCUAUACAAACCGUAUAUCAUUAGAAAGCUUAUGAAAAAUAUUAUCGAUACGUGUAAAAAAAUACAUAGUGUUCCAUUUGGAAAAAAUGAGUUAUUCAACUUUUUGUUUUGGCACACCUGUACAUCAUCUGCGUGUUGGAAGUAAAAGUCGACUACUGCUAAAAUUGCAGAGUAUUCAAGUUGUUUUGUUGCAAAUUUUUCGGAAAAUAUUAAUAGGCGACUACGCAGUGAUUUUUCAAAAAUUAGUCUUUUUUAUAACGAAAAGUUGAAUAAUUUCGAAACGAAAAGAGAUAGACCCGUAAUAGUUUCUAUAAAGUUUCAUUAUUUUUUGCGUAAAAUCCAAUUAUGCAAAAAUUUAAUUAGUGAAAUUAAAACUAGGGCAUUCCAUUUGAAAAAAUUGACUUAUAGCUUCUAGAAGUUGUCCAAAAAUUUUGGAGUUUGUAAUCAUUUUCCCAAUUUUUAACACGGUGAAGGAAAGAUUUAGGCUUUUUUUUGUAAAACUCUAAAAAGGACAGAGAUAUUGAUUUUAGAAGUGAAAGAUACAAAACAAAAAAUUUUCAAAUUAAAUUUUUGUCCAAAAAUUUUGGAGUUUGUAAUCAUUUUCCCAAUUUUUAACACAGUGAAGGAAAGAUUUAGGCUUUUUUUUGUAAAACUCUAAAAAAGACAGAGAUAUUGAUUUUAGAAGUGAAAGAUACAAGACAAAAAAUUUUCAAAAAAACAAAAUAUUUCAAAAAUGGCUUAUGAAAACUACCUUAAAAUAACUUGAGUAAUCCAAAAAUGCAGCAAAAACUUAACUUUUCGUUUAAAACAACAAACUUGAUAGCUGUACACCAAUAUUCAGGUCAACAUCAUCAGAACUUUCAAUACUUCUAAUGUGGGUUCAGACGGAACAUCCUGUAUACCUACCUUCUAGCAGUAUUUAACAAACAAGUCCAUAAUUUAACUAGAGAGAAAUAUAAAUAAUAUUAGCGCAUUAUUGUAUAAAUGUUAGAGUUUAUUUUUCAAUGUAUAGUACUAUACCUAACGUUGAAUUGUUUUAACUUGUAAAUUAUUUACGAUAAAUAUCAACAAAUAUCAAAACUAGUUAGACGAUAGCUUAGACGUGUAGAUAAAGCACCAACGUUUGAACAAUCUACAACUGUAGUUAAUUUGAAUCCGUUUACAAAGUUCCACCUUGUAAACUGCACACUAUUUAUUUAUUACAAUAAAGUUUUAUUUUAA